GCUCCUUAUCUGUCUUCCGCCAUCCCUCUUCCAGGACAGUCAUCCCAUCCCUUCCUACUUGGUUGCCACUCUGCUCUUCCUAGAGGGAACUCGCAUAACCUCUGUGCUGGGAGCAUCCUUGCCAGAGGAGCAUCCUUGUUCCUACAGUCCUCUCACUGUUCCUCAGCAGCUGGCUCUCCAGCAAAGAGACAUCAUCUGAUUAAAUAAUCUGCAGCAGCAGAGGAGUCCUUUGUAGAAUAUUGGUGACUGGAAGGCUGAAUUUGUUGUGUCAUGAUAGUGACAGCAGGUUGUUGCAGUAUGACCUUCCACUAACCCUUUUGGAAGAAGCAAGUUUUCACCAGCUGUUACCCAUGUGCAUACUUUUCUUCAAGUUUGAUCCUCGUCCAGUUUCAAAAAAUGCAUACAGACUUAUCCUAGCAGCUAAUAGAGAUGAAUUUUACAACAGACCAUCAAAAUCAGCAGACUUUUGGGAUAGCAGCAAUGAGAUCCUUAGUGGUUUGGAUAUGGAGGAAGGAAAAGAAGGCGGGACAUGGCUUGGAAUCAGUAAGAAAGGCAAGAUGGCUGCCUUGACAAACUACUUGCAGCCAAAGAUUGAUACAAAUGCAAAGGGAAGAGGUGCCCUUGUAAGAAACUUCUUGACUACAGAUCUGGACAGCUUCUCUUACUUGAAGAAAGUUUCAUCAGAAGGACACCUUUACAAUGGAUUUAAUUUAAUAACAGCCGACUUGAGCACCGCCAAGGGAGAUGUAAUUUGCUACUAUGGAAAUAAAGGAGAACCAGAACCUAUCUUCCUAAAUGCUGGAAUCUAUGGAUUGAGUAAUUCUCUGUUGGAUACUCCAUGGAAGAAACUUCAGUAUGGAAAGCAGCUUUUCACAGAGGUGAUCAAGCAAAGUCAGGACCUUGCCAAAGAAGACCUGGUGCAGGAGCUCAUUAAAGUGCUGAAUAAUCAAGACCCUCAGCUACCGGAUCCUGCAUUGGAGGAUCAAGGAAAGGAGCAUGUGCAACAUGUACUGAACGAAUAUGCCGCUUUGUGUGUUCGUUGCCCUGGAUAUGGAACAAGAACUAACACAGUCAUUCUCAUUGAUGCAGAAGGACAUGUAACUUUCACAGAGCGCACCAUGCUCAAUGCAGAUAUCAGCCAAUGGAAAACAAGCACCUAUCAAUUCAAACUGGAAACUUAACAACUUUCCAUUUGAAUGGAUCAUGAUAAAAGAAACGAGAACAAGCCAUUGAACUCCACUGAAGGCUUUGUACCAGUCUCCAGCACCCAGAGAUGGAAAGGAAAAGCUUAUUAAAUCCAUAGCAUACCCUAGAAACUACCAAAAUCUUUUGCACAAAACCAAGGAAAGAGAGGUUUUUACAGUAAAAUUUUGGCUGGAUUAAAAAUGUGUUGCUUCUUGUGCAAGUCUUUGUUUUAAGUUUAAAGGGACACAGUUUAUUUUCUAGGCAUGAUUUUUAAACUAUAUUGUUAAUAUCUAGGGGAUUGGUCCUACAAGCUGUUGAGUGUUUCUUACGAGGUGCUAAGUGUCCUUAGCUCCUUUUGAUUUCAAUCAGAGCUGAAGGUAUGCAGCACUUGGGAAGAUCAGGUCCUAUGUUAAAGUUCAAAGAUUUUCAGAAUCUAACUUAAACCUUCAGAGUCAAUUGUGAUAACUUUUCGCACUUCACUCCACUUGGACAAGGACAAACUAGUCAGAUGCACAUUUAUUUAUGGUUGAUUUCUAGUCACUUUGUGAACUGGCACAACUAUGUAAUGUGACUUCUGGAAGUGAUCCCUAGGAAUGGUAGUUAUGUGAAUUAUAAAAAAAAAAAUUCCAUUGGAAUUUUACAAAAAAACAUUUCUAUUGAUCUUAGAACAUAAAGUUUUUAGAAAAUCUGUGUCUGCCUUUUCAACAUAUGUUUGUAGGGCAGAGGUGGGCAAACUUUUUGGCCCAAGGGCCACAUCGGGAUUGCACAACUACAUGGAGGGCCGGGUAGGUAAGGCUGUGCCUCCCCAAACAGCCUGGCCUCUGCCCCCCCCCACUUCCUGCCCCUGACUGCCCCCCAUAGAACCCCCAACCCAUCCAACCCCCCACUUCUCCUUGUCCCCUAACUGCCCGCUAUCCAACCUCCCUGACUGCCCCAACCCUUAUCCACACCCCACCCCUGACAGCCCCCCAUGGGUCUCCUGCCCCCUAUCCAACUGCCCUCUGCUCUUUGUCCUCUGACCACCCCCUCCUGGGACCCUCCCAUCCCCUUAUCCAAACCCCCCUGCUCCCUGUCCCCUGACUGCCCUCCUGACCCCUAUCCACAUCCAGGCCCCCUGGGACUCACUCCCAACCGUCCCUGUUCCCCAUCGCCUGACCGCUCCCUCAGAACCUCUGCCCCCUCUUCCCUGCUUGUCUCCCAGGACCCCCUGCUCCUGUCCCCUUACCAGCAGCAUGAGCUCGCAGCCACAACACCCGGCCAGAGCCAGCUGUGCUCCCCAUGCUGCCCAGCGGGAGCGGCAGGUCAGAGCGUAGCCUGCGUGGCUGCGGGGGAGGCGGAACCACAGGGGAGGGCCCAAGGACUAGGCUCCCCAGCCAGGAGCUCAGGGGUCGGGCAGGAUGGUCCUGCCCAUGGGCUGGAAUUUGCCCACAUCUGUUGUAGGUUUUUUGAUCAUGGAUGUGGGCAUCAGUGAAUGUAUGUUAUGUUUGCAGAAUUGGUUGUUUUUAGUGUAAUAUAACCAUUUUUCAGACACAUACAAUAGUGUUUGGCAUAGGGAAAAGGGUUGUUGUUCUUCACAAGUCUGUUUUCCGUUAAAUAGCACAGGGUUGAGUAAAGUGAUUUAUGUUGUACUGUCUUUCUCAGUUUUAUCCCAUACUUGUUUCUGAUGAGGGAAUGAAACUGAAGUUUGGGUCUGUGCUCUUUAAUCUCUUGCUGAGAAGAGAUUAAAGCAUCCUGGAGUGUGAUGGACUUAUCUCUGAAGUGAAGGGAUCAGCUGCUCUGUAUUAUGGCACCUUGUUGCCUUCAGUCUAACCAGCAAUGUAGGCCUCUUUUUUUUUUUUUUUUCUUCUAGACUGAUAACUAGUAGGAUAUGUUUGCAAACCAAAAGUGAACUAUAUGAAGUAUAUACUUAUGCUUUUUUGUAAGCUUUGGUUUUAGCUUUAUUUCUGUACUGGUGUAAUUAAAAGCUGGGAGUGAUUGCUGAUAUUUUAUGAUAGAAGAGAAUAUGUGUUACAUGGUGACAUGAUUACAAUAUUAGCGUGCUGGAAAAAAUCAGGUGUUAAAUACACUUCCCGUGUUCCUGUAAGCUGUAGAUUAUAAAGCUGGUUAUUUAAAUGUAUGUUUUCUUUCCAUUAGUCGGUGCCAAUGGUGGGUGAUGGAGAGAAUCUCUUGCUAAUGUCAAAAUAUUUUAAAAUCCUAGAUUAUUUUGCUGCCAUUAUGGUUGUACUUUAUUCCAAAUGCCAAACCUUAAAUACUGAUUUGACUCAUUGACGCUCCCUUCCCCCCGCCUUUUCAUUGAGUGUGUUCUUUACUGUGAUGUUCAGAGAGUUGUAGAAAGGAUUGCAAUAUAGCAGUAUUUCCUCUAUUGCUCACACAGAGGUUCAGUUGUUUUCUCUACUCAGGGCCUAUAUUUUGUAUUGAAAUGCUUAGAGGAAACUGAGGCCUCUUAAGGUGUUGUCUGUGGUGUGAGUGGAAACCAGAUUUCUCACUGGGGAUAUAUUAGGGUUGCAAAAGGCCAUUUCCAAGGUAAUGACUGUCUGGAGAUUCCAAAGCAAUAGUCUUAUUAGUUAUUUCCUUCCCCUGAUCAUUUUAGAUAAGAGUUUUGCCUGUUUAAAUAUUUCUAGCGGUACCAGGCUACACUUGCAUGCUUACCUGAGCAUGUGCUUAAGUGCUUUGCUGGAUCAGGGCCACACUGUGUAACAAAUGUACAAGUGCACCUUCUGACAAAUUUUAAGUACCAGACUUUUACCGCAGCUCUCACAAUCACAGUUGCACCUGUUUGUGACUCAUGCACCUGGCUGGUUGGCAUUGAACUUCGUUUCAUUGGGGGGGGACUCCCAGAUUUCCUUCUCCUGAGCUGUGAGAGGAGUUUACUGUUUCUUUAUGUGGCUGGUUAUUCUAUCAAAUAAAUUCAUGGGUGUGUGUGUGUGUGUGUGUGUGUGUGUGUGUGUAUAUGUGUGUGUGUGUGUGUAUAUACAUAGUAGUCUGCUGUACUUGCAAACAUGAUGAAUCUAAACACAGAAGGCCAAAAAUAGUCCAUAAUCAGGAAUAUAAUGGAAUUACUUUACAAUUAAUGGUAAAAAAUAUCUCAUUCAAACAGAUUCUAUAACCCAGCCAGUUGGUAUUCCGUAGUGGUGAAGGAUUCUGAUUUAGUCCUGUCAGUGUUUGGUUGAGCCUUGAACCUCUAAGCUUUUGUCAAUGUAGUACUAAAAAGCUGCUUUUAAAUUUGAGAUUGACAACUGGCAAGUGUGUAUUUAACUUUUGUUAUUACUAAAAGUAUUUUAACUAAUCAUUCACAAUCUAUUUCUAUAUGUCAGAAACACUGCCAAAGUAUGAAUGGCUAAAAUUUGACCUACAUCUAAACUUGUUACCUACAUGGAAAGUAGAAAUACUUGCAAUUGCUUUUCAUCCUCAAAAUGUUUUACAAACAUCAGUCUUCAGAACAGCCCUUUGAAUUAAGUAAGUAUUAAAGUGAAGUAUUAACCGAUUUUACAGAUGAGGAAAUUGAGACAGAGGCUUGUCACUUUAUCCAGAGGCAAAUUGUCAGUGUCGGAGCUUGGGUUCGACCAUAGGUAAUCUUAACUUCCUUUCCUGCAAUUUAAAUCAGUCUCUUGAUGGCUGGGUUUUAUUUUCAUUCAAUAUAUCCAACUUCUAAUUGCUGAGAGUUAAAAUGAAGACGACCAUUGUUUCUGGGGGACUCUACAAAAUAUGUUAAGUUCCUCUGCUGGCUUUAUCAUAGCAGUUAAUACAGUGACCCCAGCUUUUACUCUUGUUGAAGUUUAUGGGAGUUUUGCCCUUGACUUCAGUGGAAACAGGAUCAGGCCCUCUGUUCCCAGAGCUGCACUGAUAUCAGGAAUGGUACCAGAGCAUGGAAGUGUUCUGGUAUAAUUAAUUGUAUAAGCUGAUGUUCAUUGCAAAGUGCUAAUUUUAGUUGCAUUCAAUCACUGGAAAAAGUCAACUGCAAGCAAGUGACAAGACAAAAUUGACAGAGGAGGCAUUUUAUUUUUAUAAGGUAUUUUAAAAAGAGGGAAUAUCAAAUGUAAAACUACAAAUUGCAUUAUUGGGUGACAUGUUUUUAGGUUUCUUGCUGUGAAAUUAAAUUGUGUGGGGUAUCUUUUUCAAGUCAAGGUUACAGCAGCUUUUUCUCCUACCAAACAGUUUUUUCCACUUUGAUAAUAAUGAGAAGGAUUUUUAAAUACAAUUUAUAAUUCUUGAUUCUAUUUUUUGCCUUUUUAAGCUAUUUUAAAUUUUGUCAUUUGUAUAUCUGUAUUCAAAGCCAGAGUCAGAAUAAAUUGUUUGGUGACCAAA